AAUUUCGUUGAGAAUUUAAAAAACAUAUUUCACAAAAUUUUUAGAACAAUAUAAAAUGUUAUUUCAUAAAUUAAGUGUAUACAUGUGUGACACAUAAAAUACAUAUCAGAUAUAUAAUUUACAUUCUCUAGACAUAAAUUGUAGGCUAUUAUAAUUUAAAUGUAAACAUCCAAUUCACUAGAUAGAAGGCUAUUUGUCUAUCUUUUAGGAUCUUUUUUUAUAAACUUUACCUGCUCGCCGAGGAGAUAAACUGCAGACAACAAUGAAAGCAGGUGAAAAGUGAGUUGGUGUUUUGUCGUUAUCACACUUUUCACAUGUGUAAUGUUAAUUUUAUUCGCUUAAUAUAGCAUUUAAUAUACUUUAUACACAUUAUAUUAGAAUAAGUGAGACUAACAAAGAAAAAAAAAAUUAGCUUCCAAUAAACACUUAGUGUACAUCUAACAAUAAGCAUGAGCUGUAAAAUCAAUGACGUGGUUAAUGACUCACGCAAACGCGCGAGAAAUUCACUUGAAGAGAUUUGUUUCUCCAUCUUCCAAUACUUGCCGACACUGUUCAACACUGUAUCCGCAUCGCACACAGUGAUAUGCGGUAAUGUCAACUGUGGCCGUGUCUCUUACGAUUCGCAAAUCGCAAGUUUAAAUGAAUUUAAAUGUAGUUGCGUUAUAUUAAAUGCAAAUAUUAAUUUACAAUAGAAUAAAUAACGAUGAUCAUUCCGUUCACUCAAUUUUUGUGUCUUAUGGACUGAUUGUGACAUAACCUAACCUAAUUUUACCAUCACACGAUCGGCAAGUAGAAAUCGCUUCAAAAUGAUGCAACAAUAUAUGAAGGAGCUGGAACAGGAUCCAUUUGAUCCUGAAGAAUUUGUUGAACGACUGGCUUGGAGAACUGUCAACGAUAAUACGAAAGAUGGAGGAAAGACAUUUUUCGAUCCAGUUAUCGUCCAUGAGACCUUUUUGCAGGCAAUCAAGGAUUUACAGAUACUGCAAGAACGUCAGCAAAAGAAAUGCGACAAAUUGGAAUCUGCACUGAAGGAAGAGGAAGCUCGACAUACAUUCGAGAUAUUUGAAUUACAAGAGAGAAACAGACACUCUAUCGAGUUAUUUCAUCAAUUAGAUGAGAGAAUAAAUCUUGUAGCUACCAAAGUCUUGCAUUUGGGAGAUCAAUUGGAAAGUGUCAAUACGCCAAGAGCGAGAGCAGUAGAGGCACAAAAGUUAAUGAAGCACUUUUCAGAAUUUUUAAGCCCUGGUCCAUUAACAGAUCCAAUUUUCACAGAUAAAUCCUCGCUGAACGAUGCUGCAGAUGUGAUACAAAAGCUUCAUCUCAUAGCCCAAGAACUUCCUUCUGAAAAAUUCGAACACGCCAAGAAGAAGAUCAGCGUUAAAUAUGAUGAAAUAGAGCGGAAUCUGAUAGAGGAAUUUGUGAGCGCGCAUAACAGAGAAGAUGCGUCGCGCAUGAGGGAAUUGGCGAGCACCUUGGCUCAUUUCAAAGGCUACUCUCAGUGCAUCGACGCGUUCAUAGAACAGAGUCAAAUGGGUUCGUUCGGCGGAAAAGACGUCUUUCAAGAUGUUAUACCUAUGUGUACAAAAUACCACAAGCUCAUGCAACAGGUGUUUUUCAAUCCUGAGCAAGUGAUGGCCAAAUUUGUCUUGAACAUUUAUCAUUUGCGUCUGCAAAAGUAUGCGGUAGCUAAAUUAGCGGAUAAAACCGACGCUGAUAAGUAUCUGAAAAACUUGUACGAUCUGUAUACGAGGACGGUCAAGCUGUCUACUAAUUUGAAAGUCUUCGAUAUGGGCACCGAUGAUACUUAUCUCGCGAAACUCACUAGAAAUAUUUUUCAAAAAUAUCUGGAUACAUACAUUACUAUUGAAACAAAGGCGUUCCGGGAAAAAUCAGCGGCCCUGCUCAUCGAAUAUUACGAGUCUAAGAAUCAUCAGAAGAAGCAGCUGCAAACUGGCGGCUUCCAAGAAUUGCGUAGAGACUUGCAAGCUGUAUUAGGUGCGAGAACGAAUAUAAACAUUGCUCAAAUAGAAGACUAUGGAGGCGAGACGUUUCUAUCGGAAGAGCUGGCGAUCGCGAUAUUACAAAGGAGCAAGCUCGCGUUUCAAAGAUGUCAGUUACUCUCACAAUCCGUCGACGUACCUGGAAACGCACUCCAAAUUUUCGAGAUACUGUUGCAAUAUCUGAUAAGCGAACACGUAGACUACGCACUGGAAUUAGGUUUACAAAGUGUACCGAUACCAGAGAGCAGGAUUCAACCGGAAAUCCAUUUCUUCAACGUGGUGCAUCAAUGCAAUGCGAUUGUUCGACUUUUGGAAGAGCAAUUCAACGACAGUGUUCUGCCUCUUGUUUUAUCGACACCAAAACACGCCGACUGUUUGUUGAAGAAAAAAGCGAUAUUGGAGCAAAUUGAUGUCAAGUUGGAUACUGGCUUGGACAGAAGUAUAAACGCUAUUGUAGGCUGGGUGAAAGUGUAUCUGCAAAGCGAACAAAGGAAAACGGAUUUUAAGCCGGAAACCGAUGUGGAUACUGUGAACACUCCUGCUUGUUUGGUAGUAGUUCAGUACGUGAACGGAAUGAUACGAAUGAUACGAAAUACUUUGGACGGCAGACAUUUGGAUACCGCUCUGAAGGAACUGGGUAUCAGAUUCCAUAAAGUCAUUUAUGAUCACUUGCAGCAAUUUCAAUUUAAUUCCGCUGGUGCGAUGUGCGCGAUAUGCGAUAUGAACGAAUAUCGCAAGUGCAUCAAGGAACUCGAAAUUGAAUUUGUUACAAAUCUCUUCGACACCUUGCAUGCCCUGUGUAAUUUGCUACUGGUCAAGCCAGAAAAUCUGAAACAAGUCUGCACAGGAGAGCAACUGAUGACACUGGAUCGCGCCGUUUUACUUAAUUUUAUUCAAUUAAGAACCGAUUACAAGACGCAGAAGUUAGCCAAUUGUUUAAAGGGUCUAGCGACAUGAUGACACAUUCUACUUACAUAAAACAAAAAUACUUAGGCUCAGCCUUUCUUCACAUUAUAAAUGAUGCAAGUUAAUGUUAAAUACACAAAAUUAGCCGCUGAAAUUGUAUUUAUAUCCGUUUAAAUAUAUUAAGAUUUUCGCCA